GGACAAGGUUGAUCACAAGGACAAACGGAAGCAAGAGCUUCCAUAGCCUGUUCAUCCCACAGACGAAGUUUCUCCUUCACGUUGAUUCUUCCUGGCCAUGGAUAGAUCCACGCAAGAGCUUUUCCUCAACUUUAUGAUAGUCCUGAUAACAGUACUGCUCAUGUGGCUUCUGGUGAAGUCUUAUCAAGAAUGAAAGACUCAUAUUCCUGGAAUCAUGGAAGGAUCUGCUUCUGGUGAAGGAUGAGAAUGCUACUCCUCAUAAGUGCUUCUUGGUGUGCUCCAAGUUUCAAUGUGGAAAAAAAUGUAAUGCAUU